GGCACUGAUAGGCGGCACUGAUGAUGGGUACUAAUAGGCAGAACUGACUGGCGGCACUGCUGGGCACUGACUGGUGGCAUUGCUGGGCACUGACUGGCGCAACUGCUGGGCUGCACUGCUGGGAACAGGUGGGUGACACUGAGCACAGAUGGGUGGCACUGCUGGGCACAGGUGGGCGGAACUGGUGGGUGGCACUGCUGGGCACCAAUCUUCAGUGCCCUGAUGAUCGGUGCCGAUCCCUGCUCUGACAACUGCCUGUUCUCGGCAGUACUUUCCUCGUGUUCUGACAGCAUGAGGAAAGUGCAGCCAAGAACCGGCAAUUGCAUUUCCCGGACGUCAUAUGCCGCCCUCUCUGAACUGGCGUCCGCAGUGCAGUCGUCAUUCGGCUAUCUG